AAAACAAAAGGAUAAAGACCGAUACACCUCUAAGGUAUAGGCAAAAGAAAAGAAAUUGAAGAUCACAUUCUUCAUCUAUCAAGCACUAUGUCUCGCCCUGCACACGGAAGACCAGAAUACCAUAAAAUAAACAAAGAUCUCUUCGUCCUCACCUAUGGAGCUCUGGUUGCCCAACUGUGUAAGGAUUAUGAAAAAGAUGAAGAUGUGAACAAAUAUUUAGAUAAAAUGGGUUAUGGCAUUGGAACGAGGCUUGUGGAAGACUUUUUGGCCAGGUCCUGCGUGGGAAGAUGCCACAGUUAUUCAGAAAUUACAGACAUAAUUGCCCAGGUUGCUUUCAAGAUGUACUUGGGAAUUACGCCCAGUGUGACCUGUAACAAUUCAAGCAGAAAUGAAUUUUCCCUAAUUCUAGACAAGAAUCCUCUGGUGGAGUUUGUGGAAGAGCUCCCUGCUGGGCGAUCUUCUCUGUGCUACUGCAACUUGCUCUGUGGGAUUAUCAGAGGUGCCCUGGAAAUGGUUCAUUUGGCUGCUGAUGUUACAUUCUUGCAAGACAGACUAAAAGGCGACAGUGUGACAGAAAUAGGAAUAACAUUUCUAAAAAAGCUAGAUGAGAAAAAAUAUAGACGGAAAAAAUGAAGACUAUCAUGCAAAAUGCCUUUGGGUGGCAAGUUGAGGAGUUAAUAUUAGUUAAACAUGUAUAGCCAUAGAAACUUUGAAUUGCUUAAUAGCAUGUGCUGUGAAAGGCUUAUAAAUCAGCCAGAUAUUUGAAAUGCAGGGCAUGAGGAUUUAAAGAUUUUUUCUUUUGCUUAUAAAUCUCACAUUUUCAAUUUCGUGUCCACAAGAUUUCACAUACAAAUAACUCCUUAUAAGAUAGCAAGCAUGAAUUCCACACAUUACGGAAUCCAUCCUCAGAGAGUCUAUUCAUUUCAUUUCCUUAUGGUAAUGAAGAAAAGGAACUACCAAUACAAACAGUUGGUGUAUUUAUCUUUCAAUGGCAAAAUGGAUGAAAUAAUCACAGCGGAGUUCACUGUAGAUAGUUCCUAUAUACUGUACAUUGCAUUCCUUAUAUUUGAUAGAAACAGUUCCAU